AUGUCUCAUAACAUUCUUUUAACAGGCGGUUCUGGCUACCUCGGCGGCACGCUUCUUGCGCGCUGGAAUGAAGCACAGCUCCCUUCUUAUGGGAAGCUGUUCGCUCUCGUGCGCUCAUCGGAGCAAGCGAGUGCAGUCAAGAAGUACAAUGCCUCGCCUCUUACAAUCGAUGCAUCAAACCCAGCAAGCAUCAAAGAAACGAUCAUCAACGAAAAGAUCACGAUCGUCUUACAUCUCCACGAUGUUAUGGACACAACCUUCUCCACACACUCCAUUGCCGGCCUAGGUGAAGUCAGAAAACUGACCGGUCUCCAAACGCACUUCCUUUUUACCACCGGCGCGAAAGUAUUUUCGGAAUUCGUUGGAAUGCCGACAGAGCGACCCCUGCCCGACACUCAUCCGGAUCUUUAUGCACUACAAAAGCGUGCAAUCGACCACACGCCACUCAAGAUCUUUAGUCCAGCUCUCAAGGCUAACUGCAACAUAAUCGAGGUAGCAGAAGCGCAUGGUGUGCGUAGCUAUAUCUUUGUACCGUGCAUUGUGUAUGGGAAGGGAGAAGGCUUUGGGAACAAGACCUCAAUUCAGACCGUUGCUGUCAUCAAAGCGGCCAAGAAACUCCGUCAGGUGUAUCGAGUCGACGAAGGUAGACCGACCUGGCCUGUAUGUCAUGUUUUGGAUAACACUAGUCUAUACCUCGAUUUGAUCCGCUCAAUGCUUCAGAAAAGAUCGAUAGGCUAUGGUAAGAGCGGCUACUACAUCGCUUCUUCUGGUUCGGUUGCCUGGGACGACAUCUAUGAUGCGUACAGCCUUGAGCUUAAGAAACGAGGUGUCGUCGACAAUGAGACGGUAAAGGAUGCGGACGAUGCGAUCCAGGAGAAGAUGGCAGAAAUCCUUGAUGGAAUUCCAGCAAAAAUCCAGCUCGGUGGAUUAUGCACGUUGGCUGCUGAUAAUGGCCUGAAGAUUGGUUGGACGUCACGGUACAAGGCGGAGCACAUACUCGAAGCUGCAAAAGACGAAGUAGAUUUUGUCCUACGGAACACGAGAGACUAG